AUGUCGGGUGUAUCUGAUGAUAGUAUUCAACAGUUUAUGGCAUUAGCGAAUUGUUCGCUAGCAGUGGCACAAAAGUAUCUGGAAGAGUUCGGAGAUCUCACUGAGGCAUUGAACGCCUACUAUGCCGCAGAAUCGGACCCUACCAGUGGUGAAAGAGCUCGUCAUACCCCAGUACCAGAACGCACUCCAAUCAGUAGAGCAGCUUCGACUACUUCAACUCAAUCAGCAGCCGGAACCAAUAGAUCCGGUAGUGGUGGAAGUGGUAACAGGUCCAAGUUCAUGAGCUUUGCAGAUAUGGUCAAAGGACAGACAGAUGAUGAUGAUGAUGAUCCUAAUAGAAACACUUUUGCUGGAGGUGAGACUUCUGGAUUAGAAGUGACAGAUCCAAACGAUUCAAACUCGCUGAUCAAGGAUCUUCUUGAAAAAGACCAGAAAAGGACGCCCAGCAACAAUCAGAUGAAUCACCAGUGGAGAAGAAACCUAGUUCAUCAUUUUACAGGCAGAGGGUACAAACUUGGGUCUGCAGUUGACGCACCUAGCGAGGUGACGGCGGAUGUUGCUGAAGAGGCAUUGCCAGCUAGGCCGCAGAAAGUUACUAGAGAGAUCACUUUCUGGAAGGAAGGCUUCCAAGUCGGGGAUGGACCACUGUAUCGUUAUGAUGACCCAGCCAAUAGUUUUUAUUUGAAUGAACUUAAUCAAGGAAGAGCUCCAUUGAAAUUACUUGACGUCCAGUUCGGGCAAGAAGUGGACGUCAAUGUGUACAAGAAAUUGGAAGAAUCCUAUCAACCCCCCAAGAGAAAGAUAGGAGGUUUCACUGGUCAUGGACAAAGAUUGGGUUCGCCAAUCCCAGGUGAUUUCGGAAGUACAAGUGUGGAACCAGGACAACCGCAAGCUGAAACAUCGCCAAACACCCAGGAAGAGGUAAAGAAGGAGGAACCCAAGGGUGAUUCGUCUGUUCAAAUCAGAUAUGCAAGCGGUAAAAGAGAAGUGUACCGUUGCUACUCAACAGAUACAGUGCAAUCUUUGUAUGACCAUGUGAGGGAGAACACUCAGGAUAACACAAGGAAAUUCACGCUAAACUAUGCCUUCCCAGUGAAACCAUUGGAGAACUUUGGCGCUUCCUUGAAAGAAGCUGGCCUAAUAAACACAGUGGUUGUGCAAAGAUGGGUUUAA